AUGCCCAAUUCUACUCCUAUCGUUGACGGCAUGGAGUGUGAUACUAAGGAAAUAUAUGAUGACGUCAUUAGCGGCAAGGGCAAAGGCAUAAUCUUUCUGCUUUCGGGUGGCCCUGGUAUUGGCAAAACCUUGACUGCUGAGUCUGUUGCCGAGCAAAUGCAUGUUCCACUCUACAUGCUUUCGGCCGGAGACUUGGGCACAGAAUCUAAAGAUGUUGAGUCAAACUUGCGUUCAGUCCUUCAGAUGGUCACCGGUUGGAAUGCGGUCCUAUUGUUGGACGAAUGUGAUAUUUUCCUAGAAGCACGAACUUCAAACUCACUUGAGCGGAACAAAAUUGUUUCGAUCUUCUUACGAACACUCGAGUAUUAUGAAGGGAUCUUGUUGUUCAUGACUACAAAUCGUGUAAAUAAUCUUGAUCCAGCGUUCAAAUCACGCAUUCAUCUCAGUAUAGAUUACAAGGAUUUGGAUACUAACGCUAGAGAGAAAAUUUGGAGAAACUUUCUGUCGCGUGGAGAGGAUCAAGAACAUCAUCAUCAAAUCACUGAUGUUGGCAAAUUGGCGGACUCAAACAUCAACGGAAGACAAAUCAAAAAUGUUUUGAAGACUGCUAAAUUACUCGCUAAUCACAAGGGUGAGCUUCUCAAGUUCGAACAUGUUCGAACCGUUAUGAGUGUGGAGGGAAAUUAA